AGCAUACCUCUAUAUCUCACAACUCAACAAUCAUAACAUUUUCUCUUUGAGCACCCUUUUUUCUUCAGCCGCAUCUUCAAUUUAUAUUUCAAUCCAAUAAUACAGAGGAGAAGACGAAGCAUAGCAACGAAACGUCAUCAUGUCCUCGAAGCCAUCAACCCCGGCGAAGCCGCCAAAGCAAAUGUCUUCGCGGCUGCUCACCAUGAAGUUCAUGCAACGCGCCGCGGCAUCCGCAUCUCCAUCUAGCCCCGCCACGCCCGACGGCCCGUCUCCCAAACGCCAAAAAACGUCCCCAUCAGGAGGAAAGGGCGCAGCAUCGGCGUCGGCGGGGGGAUCAGACUCGGACGCGAUCAAAGCCGCGCUCGAAGCGGAGGAAGCCAAGCGGCAGGAAGCGCUGGACAAACAGGCGGCCGAAGCAGGCGAGACGAAAUGGGUGCUGAGCUUCCGGGACGGAGACAGCGGCGCCGCUGACGCUGAUGAUCAAGCGCGGUCGUCGUCAACGUCAACGUUAGCUUCUGGGACGGGGAAGCUUAGAGUCGUGCAUGCGGGAUACGCGGGGAUAGAUGCGCCGACGUCGACGUCACCGUCUGGUCCUCGCAGGAUCGUGAGCGGUGAUGGUGACGAUGAUGCAGAUGACACUGUGGAAGAAGAAGGACAAAGCGGACUGGUUGGACGGAGAAGUUUUGGCAAGUUUAAUAAGACGCUGGAGAAACAGCGAAAAGCGCACCGGAAAGCACACGAAGCCGAGUCCAACGCCGACAGACCCGACAGAUCCGACAGAAAAGGAAACGAAGACGACGACGACGACGAUGACGAGGAGGAAUCAUCAGACGAGGACGAGGACGAGGAUGAAGAAGAACAAGAAGAAACCAGACGCAAAUACACGCCCCGCAAAGAAGUCAAUCUGAAUAAACUCAGUUCGAUAUCUGGCGGCGGAGCGGGACUCUCGUCGUCGUCGAGACAAGGGCCGAAUGCAGCAGACAUGGACUGCUUCAAGUGCGGUAAACGAGGACAUUUGAAAAAGGACUGUCCAGCCGGUGCGGCCCGUUCAGCGAGUGCAGUUAGAGGGAAGAAGGGCAAGAGAAAGUCGACAUGAUCAAUUAACAGUUCAUUGUGCACUCAUUUCAAUAGUUUUUUUUUUCCUAGUGGAUGAUGAUAGCAUUAGUUGUGGGCGGGAUACGCUGUUGAUUGGCGCUUGCAUGGGAUAUCCGUGUUUCGUAAGUAUAGGUACUUUGUAAAUUAGAUUCUGUAGGAU